CCAUUCUCUACCUGUACCAAAGGAUUUCGGGGCAAUAGCCACUCGUGCAGUUGCAGCAUUGUGGGCUUCCAUGGCAAUGGUCUCUGCUGAAACUGUGUAAAGUUGGCAUUUGGACUUCUUUGAACUAAUUUGUCCAGCAGUACGUACUGGAUGUUGAAGCAAUCAAUGAUGCACAAUUUUGACGUCACGUCCUUAACACAGCUCAAUCUUCUAAUCUAUGUUGAAUUGUUCUGAUUAUUUGACUGCCAGUUAUGCAAGUUUCUGUCCCUCCCUGGUAAGCUUGGGUAUUCCCAUAUGUAUUUGUUGCCAUGAUUAGCCAGGAAAGAGGAAAAUGUAAUCAUAUUUAUCGUAAUUUUCUUUUCCUGACUAUUAUUCAUAGCACCUACCCAGUGUUGGUUUUACUUCUUCUGUAGGAACUUGAUACUGAAUGAGAGACCUAUGCAGGGAUACUCCUUUUAAAGGCUUUUGUUUCAUUCCUGUCCUAUCGGCUGUAAGGGGAGGAGCUAACCCAUAUGUAUAUGCUGCCAUGAAUAAUAGCCAGAAAAAGAAAAUUACGGUAAGUAUGAAUACAUUUUCAUCUAUAUUUUCUUUAUCCAUUAAUUUCUUAUAAUGUAAUGAUAUUUAAUUGUAUAAAUUUUUUUUAAAUAUAUAUAACCAUUAUCUUUUAAAAGUUUUAAACUUUACAUAUACCGUAUCUAUAUUUUAUCAUGUGUUACGUUUUCUACAUUAGUCUCUUGUAUAUGCUUCCCGUCUCCAAUACUAACACCAUUUACAUACAGCUGCUCUGUAUAUUUUUCACUUAUUGCAUGUUUAUACUUGUUCCUCUUACAUUGCACAAAGGAGUUAAUAAGUAUAUUUUAACACACCUAGGAGCAGUUAUCCCACAUUUUUAUUCCAUUGUAACUUACAAACCUUAAACACAUUUGAUUUUCUUUUUGGACACUGUAAGAUUUCUUACACAUUUAGAUCAGUUAAAUUAAACGCACUAACAGUUUUAUAAAAGUUAUUUAGUAUAAAAGUUUAUUUAACAUCUUUUUAUUAAAUAUAUUCACAUGCUUGCAUGUUUUCCUUGUCAGAGUUCUUUAGUUCUCCUUUUUAGAUUCUCUUGUUCCUUCCAAGGGAGGGGAUUCCUUAUGAAGCAACAGGAGUCCGCAGAGUGUGAUUGAAAUUCCCACCCACCAGAGCAGUGCGCGAGAUUCUCCAAACAGCACCUUUCCCAGAAAAGCCUACAUAUAAGCAAAAGAACAUAACCAGUAAAACCAAACAAAAAUAAAGUAUCAUAUCUGGAAAAUAGCUAAAAAAUAAAAUAAAAAUAAUUAAGCAACAAUACCUUUAGCUAUUGCUAGUUGGUCUACAUGUUAUCUAACUCAAGCGGACUUAUUUUCAAUAAGCUGGAAGUUGUGAAAAAUUACACAUUUUUUCUUUAGGCCAAAAUAGCAGAAUUGAAGAUUUAAAAAAAAGUAGUUUGUUUUUUUUUAAAUGAGAGUAUUUGGGCCUAAAUAGCCAUUAGGAUUCCUAAGCUGCACGGUGUCAGAAUGUCCCACAAGUAAGGGUUAACUUAGCCUCAUAGUUCUGGAUCCGUGAUGUAAUUAUUAAAUGCUUAGAGGGACAUCCAGUGCUCAAAUAUAUAAAUUACUUUUUAAUAGAUAUAUCCCAAAUGUAAAUAUGUAUGUAUUUAAUUAUUGUAGUUAUAUCUAAAAACAGCUUUAAAAAGCUGUAGACUUUUUGUCUGAAGCCUCUGCAAGCCCUCCUGUUCUAACCCCAUCCAGACUUUUUGUGGCUGUCAAAUCACAAACAUUCCAAUGCAGCUCAGUGAUUAGUCUCUGCAAAGCAGGUGCUCUGAGCAAUUGCCUGCCUCUUGAGUUUAGCUCUAUUGAGUAAAAGGACCAGUUGUCUGAUUAAUAGCCAGGGUCGUGUGACAAGGUUGAUCAAUUUAUAUUUAAAUGUACACUUUUUUUUUUUUUAAAGAAAAGAAAGUGGAAACACUCUUCACACCUAAAGCACUUCAGCAAGCUGAUGUGCUUUAGGGGUCUGGAGCGUCGCUUUUAUUGUCUCAGGUUGUUGCAAUGACGACUGCCUAUUUAAAUAUUGCUCAUUAAUUGAUUAUUGAGUCCCCUGGCCUGCCGUGCCGUGUGUCACACAGAUCAUGUGGGACCAAAAGUAACCUGUCUGGUCACUCAUUUUCAUCGUGGCUUCAGACCAUGGCUCUUGUUCCUGACUAUGCAUACGGACCAACCUUGUAUCUCUCCUUCACUGGCUUCUUACCCAAGCUCCCACUAUCUGACUAUUCUCCGGUAUCAUCCUUGUGUCCUCCUGCAAUACCAGUAAUAGACCUCAGUUUAUAAGUCACGACCACGUUCUUGGAUAAUCCUCAAUUCUCAGCCAUACGGACUUUGUCUCAAGCACUCAACUCACAGUAAAUGUCACCAUUACCUAAUUUAUGUUUCCAUUGUUCUAAGACUCUUACCAAAGCCCUUUAUGGACUCCACAGCUCUUUGCUAAUCCUGCACUCCUUAGCUAGUCUGCCCCUUGUGACAUUCAAUUCUCUUGUCUAAUCUUUGUUUCCUACUCAUCAAACCUAAACCUUUACUUUGCUGCCAAGCUACACUUUUAUAGCCAACAUAUUCAGAAAGUUGAAUUGUAACUAGUGAGCAUAUAAUUGUAUGUUACUAUUACUUUGAAUUACAUUGUUUAAGUUAACCAAGCAAACUCCAUUGUGUGUGAGCCCAAGUGUUACAGUCUAUCACAAGAGAGAUAAGGAAAGUCAGGUAAUUUAGUGUUCACAAAUUGUGUUCUCAAAUGAUUGCACAAUAUUACACAAUCUAGAAUCGUGAUAUUCUGAUUUACUGAAUGCAGGGACUGGAAAGAGCAAUUAUUGUGGUCUGUCAGCAUCUAGUGGCUGUCUUCCAGAUCUCAAAAGUCUUCACAGCAUCCAGAGAAAGCAAAAAGUGGGUGAGCCUGAGGCCAUGACUGAAUGGACCAUAUACACCGUCCUAACAUCUUGAUAUGUAUAAGAAUAAGGCAUAUGGGGCAGUAGUUUUGACACAGCACAUAAUCUUUUUCUUCUUUAGAGAGCACAAGUAUAAGUGUUUCUAACAUCACUUUAAAAGUUAUUUUACUGACCCUGGAGGAAACUGUUGUAUAGGGAGGUGAGAUAUAGUAGAAAUAUCUCUUUGAACUUCUAAUAGUGUAAAACAGAGAAGUCAUCAAGCCCUGGGGCCUCCUCCAGGAGGAUCUACUGGUUAAGUGCUUUUAGGUCCUCAUCAGAGAUUAAAGGCACAGCACACUGCAUAUGAUGUUGUCGGAGUCCCAAUAAGCAGGUAGGCCAGGGCCAGGCAUGGCCCACCCACAGAGGCCUUAUCAAAGUCCUCAUAUAAAGUGGAAACAUUUUUGGUUGGUCCAUUGUGCUGCCUGAAGGACCCGCAGAGACAGCAAAAGGUUCAGUUGAUCCCUCAUGUCAACCACAUAGAGCAAUUCCACAGUAUAAUUUGUUUGGGAGUCCUUUCCAAGGAACGCAAUCUUGCAGUCAGGUCAUGCUCUAAAUUGGUUGUGCUGACUUUUUCCUAGUCACAAUAGCAAUGAGGUGACCCAGCAAUACUGCUUUAAGGGCACCCCACAUCAUCAUCUAAUUGGUUGACAAGUAGGAGCGUAAUCAGAAAAGACGGUCAGUGCAGAGGAGGGAGUCAUUAGUCUCCAGGUACUGUUUCUAAAACAGUAGGCCAAACCUGACAUCUCCAUCAUCAGGUAGUCGGACCAUUUGAUGGCACGGAUGUAAGUGUGGUCCAUCUUAAACAUUAAGUCUUGCGUACAAAAAAAUCUAGUCAAGUCUGGAGAACAUGUCAUUGGAGCGGUAUAGAAGAUAUAGUCCAUUACCAGGCUCUCGAUUUAUGCAGCCAGACCCUCAAGCCCAGACUUCAGAUCUGCUUGGGGAUCUUCUUUCAUGGAGUGGAUCAAAAGGCCAUCUUGGUGUUUAGCCAAACCACGUCCCCAACAAUGGUGGUGUUUUAACAAAAUCUUGUUAACCUGGUCAAGCCCUGGUCAUCUGAGACUGAUGACAGACUGACUUACUAUAGAAGAAAAGAUUCACUAACAUAUUAUGAAUCACUGAAACCCACACAAUGACCUUUUCAGUGAAAAUGAACCGACACAGGCACACCAGAAGGGACUGGGCCGACCAAAGUGGUUAAUGUGUUUGAGGCAUUUUUUAAAAUAUGGGAAUAGUUUACAAAAUAAGUUAUUCAGCACAUCAUAUGUAUGUUGUGAUAUGAGUUCACUGUCUACUGUAUUAGAUAAUUAAAGGGAUACUGUAGGCACACAGACCAAUGUGUCCCUAUUGCCCUUAGUGCUGCAAUGUUAAACAUUGAAGUCCCAGAAAAACUGCAAUGUUUACAUUGUAGCAGUAAGUCAGCCUCAAGUGGCUGUCUUCCAGAUCUGCAUGAGGACCUCCAGUGUCAGAUUUUCCCCAUAGAAGAGCAUUAAUUCAAUGGUUUCCUAUGGGGAGGUCUAAUACGCGAGCAGCUUUGACCCAGUGUCGAUUGAUAUCAGCGCUGGGAUCAGGUAAGUAAAUAAAGGGAUAGUGAUAGUAUUCCUGGCACUUAUAGUAUCCCUUUAAAGGCACAGUAGUCAAAAACAACUAGUGCUCAUUAUCAUUACCAUGUGCUUUUAAUCUGAGAUGUCAAAAAAGGAAAUGUUGACACAAAGCAAGGGUAGUUAAGCUGUAACACUUUUAAGCAUUGAAUCAUUAUUUUUAAAAAAUAUUACUUUUGUGAUGCUAAUGAUGUAGUUGCCUAUAGUGUGUUUUAUACAUAGGUGCUCAGAUGAUUUUAAUCAACAUAUAUACAAUUUUUCUAUUAGAGUAUUUAUGUCAUAUCUAGUUCUAUUUCUGCUGACAGACAAUGGCCAUACAUGCUUUUUACCUAGCAUCCACCUAAAAAUUGCCCCAGAAUGCUUUGCUAUCGUAAUAUCUAAUUCAUGCGCACAGGACUUGCAGGUUAAGCUUGACAGAGUCCCUUUAAAGACCAAACUAAAAGUGAGCUACUUACAGAAGUCACAAAGUUUGAGGCAGUUGUUGUUACAGUUGCAGUAGCUGAAGAGGAGGAGAGUCUCAAUCCUUUGGCAAAGAAUGUCCACAUCAUGCCAUUGCAAGCAAAUACUAGACAGAUGCAGCUAACACGAAGUAGCAGGUGGACCUGCAACACAAGGAAUAUACAAUUAAUUCAAUAGUCUUGCAACAUAGUUACACUGUUAUCAAUAUCUUUCAUUUUAUACAUGGAAAAAUAAAUAUCAGAUCCCACAGAUCUGAAUGAGAGGUUCCAUAUUUGUGGAGUCUGCUUGAGAUCUAAAAGUUAUACCACAUAAGCACCUUGAAGUGAUUAUGGUGCUUGGUGUCUAUAUGGGAAGAGUUUCACUUUGAAACGCUGUAGAUAUGGAGAUUAACUCCUCCGGCUGUGUCAUUUGGAGUCAUUAGCCACAAGAGCAGGCCAAUAUCAAUUCUGCGCAAAAUUUGUGUCUGACGCCAGCACGCACAGCAUGCUGGUGCCACAUUACUAAUGGCCUCUUUGGGCCCUCCACCAAGGGGAAGUUAUGUUAGCCAAGAAGGAUCGGGCUGAGGAAAGAACUUGGACUUGGCAAUGGAAGAAAGAUAAGUUUAACCCCUUAAGGACACAUGACAUGUGUGACAUGUCAUGAUUCCCUUUUAUUCCAGAAGCCUGGUUGGCGGGAGAACCACCACAAAAAGGUUUACAAAAAAAAAAUCCAAACAGUUUUUUGGUUGGCGUAACUCAAGUCAGCGUAUUUGUCACUCUAAAUGAGCCUGUGUUGCACUUUGAAUUUAAGGCCAAAGUAGUCAAACAGGAAGCAUAGCUGGCUUAGAGAAUUUUUCCAGUUUUGCAAUUUUCAACUCUCGGUCUAGUAAAAAACACUGGUAGUCUAUUUUUUUUUAAGUUUAGGACAACUAAUAGCCAACUUUUUUGUUGUUGUUGGCAUUCUUUAUUUUUCAUCUUGUACCAACAUGUCAAGUAAUACAUUGUGCGCAAUACAAUGAAAUUAACAAGCAGUAUCACAGGAGACAUCGUCAAACAUUUUGUGCUUAUAGGGCGAGUAGCUGUUGGAACAAGAUUGUAACAGCUAAUUUUUUGUUAGAUAUUUGGUUGUACACAAAUUCUAGAAGAAACAGUGUCGCUGUAAAUGUCUAGUUUUUUUUAAUUAAAAAAAAAAAAGCUAUAUUUUUGCUGUGCAUAAGAUUGGUACAUACAAGCCUGAGGUACCCCGACGGCAACCCUCAAGCGUCAUAUCAUGCUUUACAAGUGGGAUGUUAGAGCAAACGUGCACAAUUUUAUAUUAUAUUAGAAUCAGGCUUAACAGGGAGAAGAACAUACUAAACAUACAUGUCUGAUUAAGGAGGCAUGUGAAUUAAGCUUGUUUUGUAUGAGAAAAAUACAGUGGAGCUCGGGCUAGGUACAGGAUAAUGUCAUGCAUGGCUAUCUUUUGGUGUAGGCAAGCUUAGUAGGUGUCUAAUGCAAGCUGUCAGGCAUGUCUAAGCUACCAGGAGUUAUCAUGUCAGCAGGAACAGUCUGAGCUCCAGCAAACAAAUUUAAAGAUUUAUCCCUGAACUCACAGCUAGCAAGCCUUAUGCUGAGGUAGCACCCCCUACUUAUACCCUUUGUGUCACUAUAACCCACUCCCUCUAGCAUGUAAGCUCAUUGAGCAGGGCCCUCAACCCCUCUGUUCCUGUGCGUCCAUUUGUCUGGUUACAAUUAAGUGUCUGUUAGUCCACCCAUUGUACAGCGCUGUGUUAUUUGCUGGUACUAUAUAAAUAAUAAUCAUAAUAAUUGAAUUAGUAGAGUGUGGCUGCACUCAGCUAUGUGUGUGAACAAACCAUUGAGUAACAAACCCCUUAAAAAAUUGUAUGCCCAGAAAACAUAGGAGGCAGGUAUAUGCGAGACAUUGCUAAACCAAAUUAAAUUACUAGGGGCUAUAUGAACCAGGAUAGCCAUAACCACAAGCGGGUAAGUCUCAUAGUGUACAUGAUGGACCUGCCCAGGGAGGCAUUGGAACAGUCAGCCAAUGCCCAAAACUGGAAAACAGAGGGCAGACAGGUAGGAUCCGAGAAGAUUUCUAGUUUCAGUGUUUAAAUGCUUUAUUUUGAUAAUGCACUCAGAAGUCUAUAAAUUUGAAACAGUCAGUAAAUGUUUACAAUAAUGUUAAUACCCUCUAUGCCAACUAUCACCAGACAUGGUGCCUUUAUAGAUUUUUAGACCACUCAAAACGCUUUAUUACUAUCCAUGCCACCAGGGGAUCUUUCCACAUAAGACAGAUUCUGAACCAUUGCCUAGGUUGUCAUUCACACGAGAUAGAAAGAAGGGAGGCAGCGCACAAGAGAUUAACUCUUGAUUUAUAUAAAUCAAUAGUGUGUGUAUUUUAUUUUUAUUCUGACCUUACUGACCACUGCACAAGGUAAAUCAUUCACUUAAAACAAACAGGCAAAGACUGUAUGAUCACAUCAAAAUACACAAUACCUAUACAGUAACCACUCCAUCAGGUCACAGCAGCAAAAUCAUCAGAGUCCCAUUAACAGUAACAUACCCAGUCACAGAUUCCUCCUGCCCCCCCUGCUGCAGAUUCACAUAUAUCCCGCAGAUAAUCUGCCCCUAGGGCAAGUUUGGCCAAACAUGCUGACAGUGCCCCCAAGAGCCCGGCCACUGCACUGCACCCCCAGCUGGACCGCAUCGAACCGAAUGUGCACUCGCUUCCUGUUUCUGUCAUGUGAUCAUAUCAUGUGACCAAAGAAAUCCAGGACUAACGCCUGUGUAGCUAAGGUGCUUCGGUGGCCAUCUUGGAUGUGGGCAUGCGCGAACUACGCUUGUAAACGCUUGAUCGUCCGUUUACCUUGAUCACACCUUCCCGAGCAAGGUAACACAUCAAAAUGAUUGUAAAUGAUUAGGCAGCUCUCAUGUAAGGGUGUUUAAAGUAAUGUUGAAGAGAAAAGUACAACAAGCAGCAGCAUAUGAUGUAUGUAAUAAUUCUUCAAAUCAAUAAAACGUAAUCAGAAGUCAAACCAUUCUCUGUCAUAGGAAAUAAAAGCAGGUAUAAUUAGGGGAAAGAACAACCUUUACAUGUGAUUUAAUUACCAAAUUGCAGCAGGAUAUAUUUUAUAUUAUUAUUAUUAUUACUGAUUGAUAUUGAUAAAGCGCCAGCAUAUCACGCAGCGCUGUACAAUUAGGGGAGAAGUACAAUAUACACAAAUACAAGAGGUAAAAAUGGCCUGGUCAAUGAAGCUCGUUUAUACAACAUGCUUAGUAAGUGGUACUUUGUCCCUGUUCGCUUAAAGAAGAGAUAUUUUACAUUAGUUGGGGUUGAUAUGUGUGAACAGUAUUAUAGUUUUCUGUGACACUUUAUGGUUGCUAGUGUCAGGCUUAAAGGACCACUAUAGGCACCCAGACCACUUCAGCUCAAUGAAGUGGUCUGGGUGCCAGGUCCCUCUAGUUUUAACCCUGCAGCUGAAAACAUAGACGUUUCAGAGAAACGGCUAUGUUUCACUGAGGGUUAAUCCAGCCUCUAGUGGCUGUCUCACUGACAGCCACUAGAGGCCGCUUCCACGAUUCUCACUGUGAAAAUCACAGUGAGAAGACGCUGACGUCCAUAGGAAAGCAUUGAGUAAUACUUUCCUAUGGGUGUUUUUUGAUGCAUGCGGCUCCACUCGGGAGUCAACGUCGGAGGGGGAGGACAGGUCACCAGCGCCGAGGGAGCUCGGCACUGGAUAAAGGUAAGUGGCUGAAGGGGUUAUAACCCCUUCUGCCCAGCGGAAGGGGGGCCAUGAGGGUGGGGGGACCUAAGGACUACAUAGUGCCAGGAAAACUAGUUAUUUUUCCUGGCACUAUAGUGGUCCUUUAACAUUAGAGAUUGAUUACCCAAGCUAUUGGGCACUCCCGUGCCCCCUAAAAUGGGGUCCCAGUGAGCUUUAGGGUUAGCGAGAGUGUUACAGCGUCCAGAGUUCGGAUAUUAUAAGGCCCAUCAAUGUAAUGAUGGGAGUUAUAAUCCAUAGCAUCAGCAGUGCAGAUCUCUAACUGUAAUCUCUAACCUGUCAAUAAUGUAGAUUGUAACUUUAGUCGUUCUGCACGAAAUAAUGCAUAUUUAACCAUCCCGAAGGCCGGCUGACAUGGAUUAUAUAGAAGUAUGAAAUUAAGCUUUAUCCACACAUUUAGGGCAGCAUGGUAGUGCAGAAUCAUGUAGAAAUUAUUUGAAUUGUAACAUUUCAUUUACUUUUAUUUUCAGGUGCACAGAGUUUGGUUCUGCUGAUUUUUUUGGCAUCAAUCACCUAUAUAUGGCGGUGACCGAGAACGUAUCAAGCUGUUCCCUAAGUGCCAUGUGGGAUUGGUCACAUUGGUCCCCUUCUGGAACCCCUCCUGCUGUGUCUUUGCUAGAUGCAGCUGCAGACCUCCUUGUGCUUGAGAGGAAUUUUUCUGGUGCUCUGGAACUAUGUGAGCGAGGUUUGCAAAUACUAACAGUGGAGCCCAAAGAUAAGUGAGUACCCAAACGUUUCUGUCAACUGUCUAAAACAAAAAAAAAUCCUGUAUGCAUCUGCUUUGAGAUUGUUUGGUGCUAGAAUGUUACUUGCACAGUUUCUAUAUUUUUUUGUCAAACCCUUUUCAAGUGCAUACCAUACACAAAUAUGGAUAAUGAGAAAGUUUGAUUUCCUCACUAUUGCAACUUAAAUGGGGUGGCCUUUGGGCCAUGCAAGUUAAUGAUUCCUGGGCUGGAGAAACUUCACAUCCCGGCAUCACUAUAGGGAGCGUGAGGGAGGGGCGCAGGCACAACAUAUGUAGACCAGAGGUCCCUUUUCACCCAUCUCUCCCAGACCCUGUACAUUUUGGCAGAGUACGCACCUGCUGUCAUAGUUGGUGGCCAUCUGGGCUGUCUUAGGCUUGUUCCGCCUUGAUGGUAUCUGGAGUCGGUAUGUGCACUGUAAUGCUUUAAAAUCCUGCACAUACAGAGUUUAACCAUAUGUUAAUUAUAUGGAGGUGUAAGUCCACCAAUGGAAGCGCAAUUAGUCAGCUUGGAAGAAGAGUUAGGGACGACUAAUGUCAGUUCUGUGCAUAUUUGAUGUUUGUCAUUUGCGAGGACAGCAUGUUCACAACAAAUUACCAAAUGUAACAUACCCACUCCCGCUAUGCUGCCCAUCUUCUCCCUUCAGCCCACCAUCUGUGACAUCUGUCCCCCUCCAGCGAAGGGGAGUGACAUCAGCAGAGUAGGAUCAGGGAGAAAUUAACUUUAGCAAGGUGAGUUUUAGAAAAAAUUUUGUUGGUGUUUUAUUGAGAGAGUGAAAGAGCCAGGAUUAUUCUCACCUGACCUGUCUGUGUCAGGAGCAUCUAAUCUUAAUGGACGUUUAUAAAAGCGGUAAUUUCUAGGCAACUAUACUGUGUUGUACCUGAUGCGAUAUAGCGAGAGAUCUAAUGAUUGACUUAAAAUGUAUUUGAAUAUAUGGAGCAUAUUAGGAUGUAUGUCUUGACAUUAAUUUAUUUUGCAUACUUGCAUAGAUUUCAAAGAAUUGGGGGUAAAGUUUUAAGCUAACAUGCAGUUAAAAUGUUCUGUACAACAGCAGACCAAAAACCGUUUGUAUGUUGUUUUGUUUUUUAAAUCCAUUAUUCAGUUUUGUAAGGCCGUGGUAAAGGACAAAUAUUGAGUUCUACUUAAAGGAGCCCUGUCACUUAAAGCAAUUGUCGCCUGAAGCGAACAUGCCAACUCCAUGGAUCUUGAUUUUUAAAAAAAAAUUUUAAUUUUUUUUUUUUUUAUUGUGUUAAUACUUAAAUCUUAUAGUUACUUUCAGUAAAGGAUUUGCACUUAAAGGACCACUAUAGGCACCCACAUCACUUCAGCUCAAUGAAGUGGUCUGGGUGCCAGGUCCAUCUAGUGUUAACCUUGCAGCUGUAAACAUAGCAGUUUCAGAGAAGGGUUAAUCCAGCCUCUAGGGGCUGUCUCACUGACAGCCGCUAGAGGCGCUUCUGCGCUUCUCACUGUGAAAAUCACAGUGAGAAGACGCUGGAUGUCCAUAGGAAAGCAUUGAGAAAUGCUUUUUCUAUGGACUGUUUGCGCUUGCCACGCAUGCGCAUUCGGAGCUGAUGUCGGCAGAGGGAGGAGAUUUCUCCAGCACCGAAGGAGCCCGGCGCUUGAGAAAGGUAAGUGUUUAACCCCUUCAGCCCAGCAGGAGUGGGACCCUGAGGGUGGGGGGGACCUAAAGCCCCUACAGUGCCAGGAAAACGAGUUUGUUUUCCUGCCACUAUAGUGGUCCUUUAACAUGCUGAUUGCUUAUUUUUGGUUUCCCAGCCUGCAUAGUGCCUGUUCUUUCUGAUUGGCUACUUGUUUUGUUUUUUUAACUUGUUUUAAAAUCGGUUCAAAGAAUUAGCAAAGACAAUAGGUAUUUAACCUUGCUAUCCAUAGAAUGUGUGCCAAUCCUUUAUCAAAAAUAUAAAUAUCCUAAAAUGUUUAAUAGAUGGGACUACUUUGAAUUUGUCAUAUUUCAGGUAUGAACAGUUGAAAGCUCAUCUCUGUGUGGUUGGUAUUCAGGCUCUAGCAGAGAUGGAACGAUGGAGGGAAGUUUUGCCCUGGCUUGUCCAAUAUUACCGAACACCCCAGGAGAUGCCACACAAUAUAAUGGAGAUGUGGUAAGCAGUACUUUCAUAUUUGACAUUUACUAUACCAAGGUUAGAAUCAUGUGAUUACUGAUUCAUUUUAGAGAAUCAGAUUUAACUUAAAAUUAGAGAGAGUACUCCUUUAAAAGUAACCUGUCAUUAAAAAAAAAAAACAAACAUGUAGAUGUGUUCAUCUUUAGGUAUGAACACAUUUUAUAUGUUUAUAUAGUUAUGUAUAUAGUAUACACUAUACACUGAACAGCCACAACAUUAAAAGCACUGAUAGGUGAAGUGAAUAACAUUGAUUGUAUCAUUACAAUGGCACCUAUAAAUAGGUGGGCUAUUUUAGACAUAAAGUGAACAGUCCGUUCUUGAAUUUCAUGUGCUGGAAGCAGGCAAAAAUGGGAAAGCGAAAAGAUAAGAGUGACUUUGGCAAGGGCCAAAUAGUGAUGUCUAGACGACUGGGUCAGAGCAUCUGUAAAACUGCAAGUUUUGUGAGGUGUUCACGGUAUGCAUGGGUGAAAGAAAGACACCAGUGAACUGGCGUCAGGGUCAUGGACGUCAAUGGUUCAUUGAUAUGCGUGAGAAGCAAAGACUAGCUCAUCUAGGCCGAUCACAGCCUGUAUUCAUAAUGUCAAAAUUAUCAACAAACACAUUUAUUUGAAUCCCCCCUCCUCCCCAUUUUACGAUUUGUAGAGUAAUGGGGGAGGGAGGAUGCACUUUAGGACAGUGGUUCCUAAUGCAAAUCUCAGGGCACACUAGCAGUCCUAGUUCAGACUUUUCCAAAUUCUGUUCCAAUGGAUAAAACUGACAAAAACGUGACUGUUGGUGUGCUUGCAGACUGGUCAGCCCUAUGAAUGGGAAGCUGUAGUCACAGAUGCCUUUAAAGUCACAUUUGCUGUCUCUGUGUGCUCACUGAAAGUUAUUAAGAGUGACCUUUGGGUUUUACACCUAUGUGAAAAACAUUUAAUAAAAUGUUUGCAUUAUUAAACUAUAAGAUGGACCGAUAAGUGCUCCCUGAUCUGAUUGAGUAAGGGUGAAAUGUUUAUUAAGGGAAAAUAUUGCCAUAGAGUGGUUUGUUAACAUCUCCAGAACCCUUGGAUAGCAUUAUUUUUGCUUAAUAUAUGAUUCAUUGUUGGGUUUUAUUUAAAUCACAUUCUUAAAAAAACAAGUUUGUUGAUUUUAUUCUAAAACAGUAAGAGAUCCAAAGAUGCAAAUUUAGCAGCUGCCAAAUGCAAAAAAAAAAACCCCCACACACACACGUGCUCGCUCUCACUCUCGCUCUCUCUCGCUCUCUCUUUUUCUUUCUCUCUCUCUUUUUCUUUCUCUCUCUCUUUUUCUUUCUCUCUCUCUUUUUCUUUCUCUCUCUUUUUCUUUCUCUCUCUUUUUCUUUCUCUCUCUCUUUCUUUCUCUCUCUCUCUUUUUCUUUCUCUCUCUCUUUUUCUUUCUCUCUUUCUCUCUUUCUUUCUUUCUUUCUUUUUUCUCUCACUCUCUCGCUCUGUCUCUCUCUCUCUCUCUCUUUUUUUUUUUUUCAGGAAAAGCAGAGCCCCCUGCAGUUGGUAACUGCUCCUCUGAUUUUAUCAAGGUGCAGCUGGUGAAUGUCUGAUUCAUUUAACUCCCAUAAGUGUGUGUGUAUAUUUAUGAUUUAACUUUGUUGUUUUCCAUUCUAACUUUUCAUAACAUCUAUGAUUGACAAUUAUUGACUCUUAGAGAUGACUUUAUAAGGUGUGUAUUACCAUUUGUCUGAUUCCUUGUUCAGCCUCCUGCUGUACAGCAAGGUCAAGCAGCCACAUGUAAUGCUGGAGCUGAGCAGUAGCUGGUUGAAUGAGAGAGCCAAUCAUCACCUAUCAGGGUACAGACGAGUAGCUGAACUCCACCUCUUGCGUGUUCUCCUUCCUUUGGGUCUGUUCUCAGAAGCAGAGUGUUUGGCUAAGGACUCAAAAAUGUUAACUCAACAGCAGCAGCUAAUAGUUCUUAAAACCAUAAGUGAACAGAAGCGUCAGUGGGAAGAGAAAAAUGAUCCUGCAAAAUCUGAAACUAAUCAAUGUGAUCAAACUGUGUCACAGGCCAAGAGGGACAAAGGUAUUUAUAUGCAAUUCUCAGUCACAAGUGUUUGGUAUGAUAUUAGCAAAAGCUCAUAUUAUUUAAUUCAUUAUUACAUUUUGUGAUCUACAAAUACUUAUAUCUUUAUUAGCUAUAAAUACUAGAAAAGUAGUUAUUAAUCGUGUUUUGUCAGGAACCUAAAUAAUAUAAAUCACAUUCGUUUUGUGAGGCAAUCUUUAAUUGGAAAAUUAGCUCAGUGACCAAUUAUAUUGAUGUCAUAUAAUAACUAUUCACUAUAUUUUGCAAACUACCUUAAUUCGACUUUUUCCAAUGUCAGAGGGUCUCCUUUGCACUGAGGAAGUCCAUGUCACUAUGGUUUUCUGGCAGCCUUAAAGGACCACUAUAGGCACCCAGACCAAUUCAGCUCAAUGAAGUGGUCUGGGUGCCAGGUCCCUCUAGUGUUAACCCUGCAGCUGAAAACAUAGCAGUUUCAGAGAAGCAGAGAAACUGCUAUGCUUACACUGCAGGGUUAAUCCAGCCUCACUGACAGCCUCACUGACAGCCACUAAAGGCCGCUUCCGCGAGAAGACCCUGGACGUCUCACUGUGAGAAGACCCUGGACGUCUGUAGGAAAGCACUGCCGUGCAUGUGAAUUCGGAUCUGACGUCGGCAAGGGAUGGAGAGUUCCCCAAAGCCGGCGUUGGAGAAAGGUAAGUGGCUGAGGGGGUUUUAACAGUACACUUACUGUAAGACACAGCUCUACUGCAUAGCCUUGUUUGAUGAGCACAGAAUUGCUUCCUAUAACAGAUUAAAAUUCCCCAACACUUAUGUUUGGCUUUCUGUAAAUAAAAACUUAUCUCUGUUUCCUAUCCCAGAUUGCCUGUUCAAAACUGCUACAAUAAAUCUUUCUGGCUGUUUCUCUCCUCUCUCCAUUCUGUUGCUGGUGCUGCUAUCCCUUCUCCAUGCUUUCCCUUACAUGUAUUACUUUUCCUUAGGCUGCAUUCAAGCAGGAAAGACACCAGAUCAGGGAUUCCUUGAUAACAGACAUGGCUCUUAUCUUAUCUCUGUGCAAAUGAAAUUAGUUUCUUUGAUUGUUGUAUUUGUCAUGAUGUGUACCCUUUAAGAUCAUAUGGUACAUCAUAACUCUACUUUUUCCUGAUGUUUUCAGGCAGGAACGGCAAGUCCCGCAAGAUAUUCUAGUUCUACAUGGAAUAAACAAACACAUUUAUGUAAACAAUAUAAUGCCCAUUACAAUUGUGAGAUUAUUCACACUUGUUGGUGAGUGCCUGUGUCCGUUUGUCCGUUCUGCCUCCCUACCACAGUGACAGCCACUAGAAGUGGACUUAGGCAGUAUUGUAAACCCUGCCUUUUCUAAGUAAAGGCAGUGUUUACACUGUUGAUCCUUCAUUGACAGGCUAUAUGUCCCAGAACCACAACAUUAAAGGACCACUAUAGUGCCAGGAAAACAUACUCAUUUUCCUGGCACUAUAGUGCCCUGAGGGUGCCCCCACCCUCAGGGACCCCCUCCCGCCGGGCUCUGGAGAGAGGAAUGGGUUAAACACUUACCUUUCUCCAGCGCCGGGCGGGGAGCUCUACUCCUCCUCUCCUCCUUGCUUGCGACGUCAUCGGCUGAAUGCGCAUGUGCGGCAGGAGCCGCGCGCGCAUUCAACCGGUCGCAUAGGAAAGCAUUUACAAUGCUUUCCUAUGGACGCUGGCGUGCUCUCACUGUGAUUUUCACAGUGAGAAGCACGCAAGCGCCUCUAGUGGCUGGAUUAACCCUCAGUAUAAACAUAGCAGUUUCUCUGAAACUGCUAUGUUUAUAAAAAAAAGGGUUAAUCCUAGCUGGACCUGGCACCCAGACCACUUCAUUAAGCUGAAGUGGUCUGGGUGCCUAGAGUGGUCCUUUAAGCUGUAGUGGUUCUGGUAACUAUAGCGUCGAUUUAAAAAGACUAUCUUAUAUUCUUCUAUCUUUUGAUGCAUGGUAUGGUCCAAUAUUGAAUGUAUGUGUUAUGUUCUGCUAUCUCAUGGAUAUAUCUAAUCUUACAGGUAACUCAAGGGUAGGAAUAUUAAACAUGGCUCGGAUACUGUAUGGAUCCUUGAGUUUGGUGGCAACACAGAUUUGCAAAGUCCCUUUCAGACGGACUGUACUUGCGCUCCUCCUGCUCUAUGUCAUCUUGGUGCGCUUGGAUCCAGGUUAGAUUUUAUUGCGUGUGGCAGGGAUGCAACCUUCAGUCAUUCGUUGAAAACCAGCCAAGUGUGAUGUAUGUAAAUAUACUUGGAAUUGCUAUACUAUUUUGUUAAUAUUAUGAUCAGUGAAUGAAAGGGACACUAUAGUCGCCAGAACAAGUACAGCCUAAUGUAGUUGUUCUGGUGUCUGCUCCAUGUCCUUGCAGUCAUUUUCAUGUUUACACUGCCUUUUCAGAGAAUGGCAGUCACUCAGGAAUACAUAUUUGUAUUCCUGACCCUAUAGUGUUUCAUUAAUAUAAGGGGUAAGAAGUUUGUUAAAAAAGUUUAGCUGUGCUGUGUGGGUGAGAUGGUUAGGUUCGCAGUAUAUUGUAGGAACUAACACCAAGGAGAACCUUCACUAGACAGCAAGUGUCUGCUUUCUAGAAAGCUUUCUUCAGUCAGUGAAAGAUGCACAGAGGAGGCAGGAUUGCAGCUGAUGGGAAAAAAAAAAAGAUCAAUAGUAAUAUUCAUUGACCUAAACUAAAGACUGAACAGGAGGCUGGGCUAAGUGUCUUGGAACAAGGAGAGAGUAAAGGGAGACUUUUGGAGGUUUAUUGAUAGUUCAUGUUACAGCUUUGCAAAUUCAGCAACCCCACAAUUAAAUCAUCUAAGACGUAUUAUUGACAGCUAGUGGUAUGCUAGUGUGGUAUGGUGCCUUAGUGUUGAAAUUAGGGCCAGAUUUCAAAUAUAUCUAUAAUAUGAUAAUGAUUACAGAGCAUGUGCAGACUAAAGAUUUCAUUUAGUUUUUUUGUCUUGCAGCUUUCCCCGUGUCCCAGGGGCCGAUGCGUCGUCUGCUCCUCCUGCUCAGAGCAUGUAUCUCUAAUAUUUUCCAAAGAGCACACUGACUGGAUCAAUGGAAUAGAUGGAAAUGCCUCCUACUUACUGAUCAAAAAUUCAGCUAAACAAUAAAAUUCUGUUAUAAUUCCAGAGACCCAUUUAUACAAUCCACACCAUUAUCUGAGUGCUCAUUUGUAUCCUUGCUUGUUAAAUUAUAUGGAAUAACAAGAAAUGUUUCCUCUAACACUAAAACUCCUGUUUUGUCUGGAAUGGCUAAUCUAUAACUCACCAGCUGUACACCAUCCACAUCUAACAUAAUGCUAUGGGGCUGAGCACUGUGUGUUUGAGCUAUAAUUAGACAUUACAAUUUUAUACAGUGUUGCUUUAUCUCAGUUUAAUUAAUAAAAGCUGAGAUUGUCUCAUGGAUGGGAAAUGUAGCUAUCAGGGUUACACUUACAUAAUGCCACAAGCAUGGCAAACUCUGGUUAAAAAAAGCACAGCAGAUGCUUAAAGAGUCACUCCAAGAAUCAUGACCACGUUAGUGAUUUGAAGUAAUUAUGGUGUCUGAAGUCUGUAUGUUCAGUGUUUUGCUAUGAAAUGCUGCACAUGCUGAGAUUAACCCUGCUGGAAUUCUGUCAUUGGAGUGUCAUCAACCAGCCCAGAACUAGAGUUCUGGACUGGUUAAUUAUCAAUUCUGUGCAUAUUCCUACUCGCAAAAUUGCAAUCAGUGACUGAAAGAUGUCAGCUGACACUCUAAGCCAAAUAAAUGGCUGGCAGGAUCGGAAGCAGUGCAGAAAGUUGGAAGUCACAGCCAGCCUUAAAGCAGACUAGGAGCCCGGCAGGACCAGGUAAUAGUACAAACCGAAACAAGAAAUGGGACCAGUGUACUUCUCAUUUCAUUACCCCUACAGUGGCCUGUAGUGGUUAUGAUGCUUGGAGUAUCCAUUUAUAUCUCCAUUGAGAAGUUUAAAUUAGAGUCGACGUAGCAGUAUGAUGUAAUACACAGCUUAUCCUUGGUGUACUAUCCUGCAGUACUGUGAAUUUAUAUUACUAAUAUGAAUCAUUUAUGUAUAUACCAAUUUAUUAAAGGAACAUUAUAGUCACCAGAACAACUACAGCUUAUUGAAUUUGUUCUGUGAGUAGAAUCAUUAACUUCAGGCUUUUUGCUGUAAACAGUCUUUUCAGAGAAAAUGCAGUGUUUACAUUACAGCCUAGUGAUAACUUCACUGGCCACUCCUUAGAUGGCUGUUAGAGAUCCUUCUUGGGUCAUGGCUGCCUAAAAUGCAUCCAAACAUUCAGUGUCUCCUCCCUCUGCAUGCAGACAGUGAACUUUCCUCAUAGAGAUUCAUUGAUUCAAUUCAUCUCUAUGAGGAUAUGCUGAUUGGCCAGGGCUGUGUUUGAAUCAUGCUGGCUCUGCCCCUGAUCUGCCUCUUUGACAGUCUCAGCCAAUCCUAUGGGGAUGCAUUGUGAUUGGAUCAGGCCACCACUUCUGAUGAUGUCAGCAGACAGUUUUUCACUAUUGACUAUUCUGAGUCAAACAGCAUGCAGAGCUACAGCUUCAGGCUUGAAUAAAAGUAAGAUUUUGCUAUUUUUAGUGAGGCAUGAGGAGUUCAAGGGGGCUAGAUGGUGGUUUUAACACGAUAGGGUCAGGAAUACAUGUUUGUGUUCCUGACCCUAUAGUGAUCCUUUAAAGGGACACUCCAGUGCCAGGAAAACAAUCUGUUUUCCUGGCACUGCAGGUCCCCUCUCCCUCCCACCCCCCAUCCCAGGUUGCUGAAGGGGUGAAAACCCCUUCAGUGACUUACCAAAGUCCAGCACGGAUGUCCUUCGGUGCUGGUCCAAGGUCCGCCCACACUCCUCCCCUGCUGACGUCAGCCGGCGGGGGAGACCUAAUGUGCAUUAGACCUCCCCAUAGGAAAGCAUUGUUUUCAAUGCUUUCCUAUGGGGAUUUUAGUGACACUGGAGGUCCUCACAUAGUGUGUGGACGAUCAGCGACGCUAUAGCACAGAAAACCUGUGCUAUGAACCAGGAAGUGCCCUCUAGUGGCUGUCUAGUAGUGUUUGACAGCUAGUGGUAUGCUAGUGUGGAGGAGUUAACCCUGCAAGGUAAUUAUUGCAGUUUAUAAAAACUGCAAUAAUUACACUUGCAGGGUUAAGGGUACUGGGAGUUGGCACCCAGAGCACUCCAAUGGGCAAAAGUGGUCUGGGUGCCUGGAGUGUCCCUUUAAGUUUACACAGUGAAACAAGCAGUGUGAAACACUAAUGAUUAAAUAGUUUUUUAAUAGACCACCACACUGAACAUCAGAAGUAGAAUUUACAGGAUUGGACAGGGUUUUCAAUUCCAGUAAAAUUGCUCCUUGAACUGCUGUUCAACUCUACUGGCUUACAAGACAUUUUACUAUAUAGUUAGUAUUUCUG